AUGAAUCCUCCAAACCCAUCGGACACUCAAACUCCCAACACCGGUAGCAACUCCAGUUCCACCCAAGUAGAUUUUACACCAGGAAUGAAGCGUUGUCUCAAACAUGUUCUAGGUCAUUUCGGAAUGCUAUCCGCCGACAAGGAAUUCUCUGAAUUUAAAUGGGGGAUUUGUCUGGCGAUAUUCUGCAACCGCUUGACUCGAAUCAACAAAGACAGUUCUGUUACGAUAUCCGAGAAGCCGUUGACUGGAGAAUCAUUGAAACCAUUUAUUGAUAUCCCCCGGAAUCCAUACGUCGACGAUGACAUGACAAAAGAUUGGACAUUUGAGAUCCUGAAAAGAGAGUUCAGAGACCAUAAGGCUUACUAUCUCUCUGGCAACCCUCGCAGCUUUUAUCUUCCUCAAAUCGUAAUCAAAAACAAUGAAACUACUCAAUAG